UCUUUCCACAACAACUAGGCUGAACACAUCUUGUCAUGGUGGAGUGACCUAUGCACAGUUACAACUACUUUAGACGUUGCUUGGUAAAUGGCUACAUUGUGAAGCAAGCAUUUUCAGGGAUAUAGUGUAAAAAUUUACCAUUUUUAGGCUGAGUUUGUGUAUAUCAUCUUGUAGUACAAUGGCAGCUUUCAGCAUUGUAUACAUAGUGUUUGCAAGAUUCUUGGAGCUUUUGCAAAGCGCUCUUGUAGAUUGUUUCUGCUUUGUUUGUUUGUUUGUUUGUGUGUGUGUGCAAAGUGAAACAAUGAGUCUCUGUUUUAGCUUGCAGAGCGAAGAUCUACAAUGAGCUCUUUGAAACGGCUAGACACUCGUCGGACUCCUCCAGGAGUUAUAGAUGAAGCAGACAUGUACACAUAUGUUUUAUCAAUAUUUGAAUCUUCAUCAGUUAAGGUGGAUUAUAAGUUUAUUGUGGCUGUGUUGAUUGAAUACAUUCGUUCACUCAGUCAACACGGUAUACCAGUGCUGUAUGUAGUAUAUGAGCAACUGAUCAAAACACUGGUGGGAAAUAAAUGUUUUUAUCAACUGCAUCAGUUUCUCCAGUAUCAUGUUCUUAAUGAUUCUAAGCAGUUGGCAUGUUUGUUAUUGUCUAUCCAAGGAGAGUAUUCUCCAGCUUAUCAGUUAGCUUUGGACAUGCUAAAGCGAUUGCAAACUGCAGAUGCAGAGAUCUUUGAAGUUUUAAUAUCAAAAGCACAGCUUUUGCAGGCUUUAAGAUUUGCUCGUAGCAUUGGGAAAGAGGACUCGAUAUCUGCUCGGCAGUUUCUUGAAGCUGCAGCUGGCACUCAAGACAACAUGUUGUUUUACACGGUUUUCAAGUUUUUUGAAGAUCGAAAUAUGAGACUGAGGAGGAGGCCAGAGUUUGCUACAGGUGAACAUUGCCAGCAGUAUGUGAAGCUUUUCUACUCUUUGUAUUCAGAGGUCAGAAACUCACAGAGACUACUGUAAAUCUGGGACUAGAUUGUGUACAAUUACUAUGUUAGUGUUUGCACUUGCUGUACCCAACUGUUCAAACUACAUUGUAAUGUACUGUUGGUUUUAUUGGUGUCACAGUAAGUUUUAUGACUAAAGGAUAUAUCAUAUACAUGUA